AAUUCGCAGCAGGACUGGCGGACUUUUAGUUUGAGGAGGAUUUUAAGUGAGGAGGAGCAGGGGGUUCUUAGUCGCUGUGCAGCUCAGACGGUAAAAGGAGGGAAGCGGCUGUCUUGACUGUUUACAACACUAUCUGCAAACGUGAGGGAUCUACACAGGGUGUAGGUUUUACUCUUCAUGAGAGCUACAAUGAAAUGCCCUCACUAUAAUGCCAGCAAGACCAACAGCAUGGAGAAAAGCUCUGCUAACGUGGCUGCUGCUGACUAUAAAGGGCUUCACCUCAAAACCUCCCCAGUGAAGGAGCCCAUCUUCGCCAAGCCCCAGUGUCCACCUGCAGCACAGACCACAGUGCUGUUCCCCCUCAAUGACACCACUGGAGCCAUCCACAACAAAGAGAACAGUGCCAUUAGCAGGGAACAUGAUGGGACCCUGGACGAAGGCUUGGAGGACAGCGGCUAUCUGUCCCUGCACAACAGUAGAAUUGAUGAACACCAUGGUGACGAGGAGGAUGACCACGUCCAUGGAAAACCCACUACCACCCUGCCACCUUCUGGUGCUCAUCAGGAGAAGACGGUGUCACCGCGCAAAUCUCCCUCCAAAUGUCAAAGAAGGACAGACUCUGGCUGUCAUAAGGUGGCUGCUUCCACUCCUGUUGCUUGUCACAGGAGGAGACUGCUGUCAUCCACCCCUUCUGACAAUCACAGUGACCCCAACCUGCCUAUACUGAACUUUCAGAGGGAUGUGUGUGAAAAGCUAACUGAGGGCUAUCGUAAAAAUAAGAGGUUUGACUGGAGCAUCGUCGCAAAGGUAGCAGAGGAUCAUAUCUUGGAUCGGGUGAUUGGAGGACAUAUGGGACUUGAGUAUGUUGACAUAUUUACAUCUCUGUUGUCCAGGAAUAUGAGAAGCAUCCUUGCCAACAUCCUGGCCCUGCUGGGAGACAUGGACCUGAUUAGCUGUAAGAAAGUGAGCAGGACGUGGAGGCAAAUCAUCUGUGAGGACAAUAAGUCUCUUAACAGGUGUCGGGAAGCUGAGGAGAUGCACAGGGAGUCAACAAGCCCCCUGAGUAAAAGAGAUUGUGGUCUGACGAGAGACGUGGCUGUAUCCAGGGUGGUGCUGUCCUGCAUGCAGAGCCGUGCCUCCGCGAGCAAACCAGCAUCCUCUUCUUCCUCAGCCUCCCAAAGCUGCAGGGUCACGAGACGGACUGCUUCCUCUCAGAAAGGCCCAGCACAAAACUCUCAAUGCACACGCUUCAAUGAAUUUAUGCAGGCCGCUGGCAGUCUAAAGCAGCACGAGUCUCUACGCCCCUGCAAACGCUGCGGCUCCCCAGCAACUCACUCAUCCGAGACCCAGAGGGCGAUAUGCACACGCUCCAACUGUCGCUUUGACUUCUGCACCUGCUGCCAAGAGGCUUACCACAGCUCAACCCCCUGCCGAACGGUGCAGCCACGACCUCACUUCUUCACCUCCAAAACCACCCCGGUAUUACCAGGAAGCGCCCGCAGCAAGAGGAAUAUCAGGCGCCUGUGACAGAGUUUUUAAAGAGAUUUUAAUCACUGAACCUUUUAACAGUACAGGACAGGACGUCUUUCUCUGCAUCGGCAGCUUUUCCAGUAGCUCGGACAGGGAGGGCAUCAUUCUACAUAUGUGGCCCCUGUACGAGCGCUGUAGCAAUAAAAUUUUGUGUUACGUGCUGAACUCUGAACCAAGCACUUGAUUAAAACACAACUGGGACAAUCAACCAGAAAAGUGUCAUCUGGUCAAAACUGUUGUUGUCUGUGAGCAACAAACAAAAAAGAGAAAUGCACACUGAACUGAACAUGUACAGCUUUUAUGUUUUAAAGUAAGAUGAAUGUAACUUUGAUGUACUGUCACUUUUAAAUAGUUUUGUGUACAUGUAUAUAUUUUCCUUUUAAAUAAAUAUUGAUCGUCAGGUCUUUAAAUGUUUAAAUGUAUAUUUCUAUAAUCUAAAUACAUGCUUCAUAAACAUAA